CUGCAAAGCGUGCGUGGGUGAUGAAGAAUAUCUCUCACAGUGCUCAAUAGAUACAGUUGCGUGACUCGCGAAUCUGCGAAGCUUGCACUCAAAGGAUAGGAAGAGAGAGGAGUUAUCUGAGAGGCGUUCUAGGGUUACGAUUCUGAUCCGAUUGAUUGUGCGAUGGAAGAAGACGGCGGCGAUGCGAAAGUGGGAAUGCUGGAGAGCUUCAUGAGAAACCAGCAGAACUCUUUGAAAUCCCUAUUCCACCGCAAGAAAUCCUCCGCCGGCCGUGACGGAGAUGGUUCUCCGUCGCCUAUCGCUUCCCCGAAACCUAUCCCUCAGCUCUCGCUUCUCGCCAAUUCCGUCGUCUCCCGCUGUUCAAUUAUCCUCAAGAUUCCAACGCAAGAUUUGCAGCACCGAUUUGAUGUAGAGUUGCCUGAGAGUGUUAAGCAGCUCUUGACGUACGCGAGGAACUUUCUCGAGUUCUGCUCGUUUCAGGCUCUACAUCAAGUAAUGAAGCAGCCUAGUUACUUAAGUGAUCAAGAGUUUCGUCAGCUCAUGUUUGAUAUGAUGCUUGCUUGGGAGACUCCCAGUGUCACUAGUGAGAAUGAGAGCAAAGAUGCAGUGUCUCCCUCCACGCAAGACUCUGAGGAUGAGGACGGGUGGUCUCUGUUCUAUUCAAGUCCCACAUCUAUGGCAAUGCAGGUUGAUGAGAAAAAGUCUGUUGGACAGGACGCCUUUGCAAGAAUCGCUCCGGUUUGUCCUGCCAUUGCAGAUGCAAUCACCGUACAUAAUCUUUUUGAUGCACUGACUAGCUCUUCAGGCCACAGGCUUCAUUUUCUCGUAUAUGACAAAUACAUCCGCACACUUGACAAAAUUUACAAGGCUGCUAAAAGCUCUCUUGGACCUUCAGCUGCCAGUCUUCAGCUUGCCAAGGGGGAAAUAGUUCUUGAUAUAGAUGGUGGCAAUCCUGUUUUACCAGUUUUCAAACACGUGGGCAUCUCAGCAUGGCCUGGAAAACUGACACUUACCAACUGUGCCCUGUAUUUUGAUUCAAUGGGUGGUGGUGAUAAGCCCAUGCGAUAUGAUCUCACUGAAGACACAAAACAGGUCAUCAAACCUGAGUUGACAGGGCCGUUGGGUGCUCGUAUCUUUGAUAAAGCCAUCAUGUACAAAUCGAUUAUAGUGCCAGAGCCGGUAUAUUUUGAAUUUACGGAGUUCAAAGGAAAUGCUCGUCGAGACUACUGGUUGGGUAUAUGUCUGGAGAUCCUUCGUGUGCAAUGGUUCAUUCGAAAAUACAACUUUAAAGGGAUUCAAAGAUCAGAAAUACUUGCAAGGGCAAUCCUUGGCAUAUUCCGCUACCGUGCAAUAAAGGAAGCUUUCCAAGUCUUCUCUUCUCAAUACAAAACAUUGCUUAUAUUCAACCUAGCAGAAAGCCUUCCUGGUGGAGAUAUGGUCUUAGAAGCUCUAUACAGACGAGUUUCUCGCAUAACCACCGAUGUUCAGUCUGAUGUCAGUUCUGUUCAGUAUAUGAAAUGGCCCUCAAACUUAUCUCCAGUCUCACUUAUUUUGCUUGAGCACUUUGGAUUGAAUCUAGAAACUAGUACGAAUAUGGGUGAAGAAAUGACAAUCGUAGGGGAUUUUUGUGUUGGGGAGACGAGUCCAUUGGAGAUAGCUCUGAAACAGUCCAUCCUAGACACAGACAGAGCUGAAGCUGCUCAGGCGACUGUGGAACAAGUGAAAGUAGAAGGAAUUGACACUAAUGUUGCAGUAAUGAAGGAACUAUUACUCCCUUUCAUCAAACUAGCCUUGCGUAUAAAACUCUUAGCAUCUUGGCAAGAGCCUUAUAAAUCGACAGUGUUCGUGAUCUUGGUGAGCUAUUUGAUAAUCAGUGGGUGGAUCGGUUUCAUACUACCAUUGGUAUUAGUCCUGGCGGCUAUGGUAAUGCUAUGGCGUAAGCAAUUCAACAAAGGGAAAGAGCCAAAAGCCGUUCGAGUCAAAGCUCCACCGAGUAAAAACGCAGUGGAGCAGCUACUCCUACUACAAGACGCAGUCAGCCAAUUUGAGUCGCUAAUUCAAACCGUUAACGUUGGUCUCCUCAAAAUAAGAGCCAUUACUCUCGCAAUUCUUCCUCAGGCGACGGAUACAUCGGCUAUAUCGCUUGUGAUUGUGGCAGUGAUCUUGGCGGUUGUUCCGGUGAAGUACUUGUUAACGAUGGCGUUUGUAGAGUGGUUCACGAGGGAAGUUGGGUGGAGGAAAGCGAGUAGUGACCGGUUAGAGAGGCGGGUCAGAGAAUGGUGGUUUAGGGUACCAGCAGCUCCGGUUCAGCUCAUGAGAGCCGAUGAAAGCAAGAAGAAGAAAUGAUACUUGUCUCUCUCACGCACAUUGUCUCUGUUUCAUCAUGCAGAUGUUUUCUCUCGUUUUUUCCAGUAAUUGUUCAGGUUUAUUCGGAAAUAUGAAACACUUAAACUCGUUUCUUCAAUGGAACCAUUUGAGUUA